UAGUCAGCAAUGUCAAGAACAUAGACAUGACAGGUAAACCGUGCAUGGAUGUUUGGGGGUGGGAGGAGUGGAUUAGGCGCUUGGACGUGCCCCCGUGCCGCUGUAGGUUUUCAGGUUCUGGCCCCAGACUCAGAGCAGCGAUGGCCGGGCGUCGCGUGGGCUUCUGUCUGAGCGAUAAGAAGCGCCGGAGGAUGAACCUGGACGCGUUUUCACAGUUCUGUGCGGGGCAUGGAAUACAAGUAGUAGAGAUAAACUUGAGUCAACCUCUGGAGCCUCAGGGGCCUUUUGACAUUAUCGUUCACAAACUGUCAGAUGUUAUUGUGGAGGCCGAACAUGACAACCAAUCCCAGCAGCUCCUCGCCAACUUCCAGAAGUAUGUGUCAGCCCACCCUCACACGGUGAUCCUGGACCCUCUCUCAGCCAUGACCCAGCUCCUUGACCGCUUUGCCUCUUAUCGCAUCAUGAGCAAACUUCACAACUCACUCAGAGACUGGCACAUCUGCAGCCCUCCGUACCUCGAGGUCCCCAGUGACUCUGACCUAUCAUCCAUCCAUGUGGCCAUGAAGGAGCACAGCCUCAGCUUCCCUCUCAUUUGUAAAACAAGAGUGGCUCACGGUUCCCUUUCUCAUGAGAUGUCGCUGAUUUUCAGUGAGGGGGGGCUGGCUGAUGUUCACCCUCCCUGUAUCCUGCAGAGUUUUGUGAACCACGGCGCUGUUUUACACAAAGUGUUUGUGGUCGGAGAGAAGCACUUCUGUGUGGAGAGACCCUCACUCAAGAACUUCCCCUCUGGGCCCUGUGACAGAAAAACAAUAUUUUUCAACAGCCAACAAGUGUCUAAGCCAGAGUCCAGCUCAGACUUGAAUGCACUGGAUGAGAAGAUGCCGUUAGUUCCUACGCCCAGCUCUGAGGCCCUGGCUGCUCUGGUGAAGGAGCUUCGUACUCAGCUGGAGAUGGCUCUGUUUGGGGUCGACGUCAUAGUGAACAUCCACACUCACACCAUGACUGUCAUUGACCUCAAUAUAUUCCCAGGUUAUGAAGGAGUUCCCCAGUUCUUCUCAUCUCUAUUGGAUCACAUUAAGACUUUGCUGGACAGUGGAUCCUCUGACCCUCAGGUGACCUCCUCGCAUGAACCCUCUAUUACCUCCAGCAUUUAAUUGCACAGCAUGUAGGACAUCUGUAUUCACUUUAUCUGAACAAAGCUAUUCUCUGCUUAUGAGUAGAAAUUAUGCAUUAGAUAAAGCUUUGUUAAUGAUUUUAGGUCUUGCAUUUGACUUCCUUUGCUAAUGCUACCACAAAAAUGUAAAUACCUUUGCUUACCAGUGCAAUCUGUAUUUUAAAUAUAUAUUGUCUGUACUAAAAUGAAAUUGGAUGUCAUAAGAAUUUUAAUUUCAGUAUUUAAUAUGAAAUCAAAAAGAAAUAAUUGUAUUUUCUACAAUAUCCUUCAGUGGUGUAAUAUAAUGAAGUAAAAGUAGUAAAGUACUAUACUUUAAGGUAAAGUACACAUUUUAAAGUAAUUCUUUUUAAAAAGAUUUUUUAACGUUUUUUUCGCUACAUUUGAGAACACGUAUCUGUACUUUCUACUUCACUACAUUAUUGAACUGGACUGAAAAGUAAAAGUAUUUUUCAUUAUUGUUUGAGACUUGCUGAAAAGGCUGAGAGUUUAUUUUUAACAAAUACAAAUAAAAACAGCUAAAAAGACAACAACAAUCAAUUCUAUUGUUACAUAAUCUGUAUCUGUAUCAAAAUGACUACAUUCUGACUACAGUCUUAUAAGACCUCAAAAUUGGCACAAAAUACUUUUACUUUUUACUCUUUAAGUACAUUUUUAAACAGGUGCUUUAAUACUUUUACUGGUGUCUGUAAUUUUACUUAAGUAACAAAACUGUGUACUUCUUUCACCACUGUCCUUAUGUGUUAACAAAAGCUUAUAUAGCCUACAGCUCUCAAAUUGGCCAGUAUUGGUGUUUGAUUUGUUGGUUUUCAACACUCUAACAAACAAAUAAUUGAUUAGAAUAAAUAUUUAGAUUAGAAAAAUACUGUCUUUUUCUGUGCUGUCCUGUCUACAUGCUAUAAUAUAGCUUUUAAUACAGAGAUCUUGACUGUGUAUUUGGGACAUGGGCUCCAUACAAUGCACUUUAAAUAGAAUGUGAUAGUGUCUU